AAGCGCGAUACCCCAGGCAGGGGAAACUAGCUUGCCGGGCACGGAACCAUUACCAGCCACCCUUUCCCCCAGCCCCAUCUCUGGGAAUGGAAGGAAGGCCUUAGUUGCUCGGUCCUCGGGAAGCUGGGUGGUCGUCCCCUAGAGGGGCGGGAAGGAUUUAAGGGAAGGGAAACUCGGCCUCCGCGGCCUCAUCCCGGCCCCCCAGGCAGUAUUGGGCGCGCUGAGAGAGCCCCACUAGAGAUUAAGGAGGGGCGGGCGGGAGGGGAAACCGCGGCUGCGCGGAACUAGGGACUCCUAGGGAGUUGCAGGCGGUGGGCUAUGCGGCCAGAGCCUGGGGGAGGGUGAGGGAAGAGAAAGAUUCAGAAUUGCUAUUGCGUGAGGAGAGGGAAGGGGGAGGGGAAUCCGUGCUAGAAUGGACCCUGUUACUUGGGGUUGGGGCUGGAGAAGUGGAAGGGAGUAGAGAAUUUGACGGCGACAGGGAACCUGGGGGCAGAUGUUGUUGCUGAACCCGCGACUAUGGUAGGGAGAGUGGGGAGUCGACUAAGCCUUUGGCCUGCUGAGGGGGAGGGGAGCCUAGGGAAGUCGAGUGCUGGGGGUGGAGUCCAGAGUCUGUGGGAGUCCUAUGGGUGGGAUUGGAAAGAAAGCUUUUAUUGCUGCUGCUUGGAGAGGACCUGCUUGGGAGCUGGGAUUUUGGAGGUUAAGGCACUGAAAGAGAAGAUUGAAUCUGAAAAGGGCAAGGAUGCCUUUCCAGUAGCAGGCCAAAAAUUAAUUUAUGCAGGCAAAAUCCUCAAUGAUGAUACUGCUCUCAAAGAAUACAAAAUUGAUGAGAAGAACUUUGUGGUGGUUAUGGUGACAAAACCCAAAGCAGCAGCCACAUCAGCACCAUCACCAGCUACAACUCAACAAUCAAUUCCUGCUACCACUUCUACUGUUAGUUCAUCUACAGCAGCAUCUGUGGCUCAAGCCCCAACUCCUUCCCCUGCCUUGGCUCCCACCCCCACACCUACAUCUGUCACUCCAACACCAGCUGCAGCAGUAUGUGAACCUAUACCUACUAGUGCUCCUAAGGAAGAGAAACCAGCAGAGAAGCCAGUAGAAGCUCCUAUUGGUGUUAGCCCAACAUCAUCUGACAGUACCCUGGGUGACUCCUCUCGGUCAAACCUUUUUGAAGAUGCAACAAGUGCUCUUGUGACGGGCCAAUCAUAUGAAAAUAUGGUGACUGAGAUCAUGUCAAUGGGCUAUGAGCGAGAGCAAGUAAUUGCAGCACUGAGAGCCAGUUUCAACAACCCUGAUAGAGCAGUGGAAUAUCUUUUAAUGGGUAUCCCAGGAGAUAGAGAAAAUCAGUCUGUGGUGGAUCCCCCUCAGGCUGCCAGCACAGGGGCUGCUCAGUCUUCAGCAGUGGCAGCAGCUGCAGCCACAACAACAGCAACAACUACUACUACUACUACUUCUGGAGGACAUCCACUUGAAUUUUUACGGAACCAGCCUCAGUUCCAGCAGAUGAGACAAAUUAUUCAACAGAAUCCUUCCCUUCUGCCAGCCUUGUUACAGCAAAUAGGACGAGAAAAUCCACAGUUAUUGCAGCAAAUCAGCCAACAUCAAGAGCAUUUUAUUCAGAUGCUGAAUGAACCAGUUCAAGAAUCUGGUGGUCAAGGAGGAGGUGGGGGUGGCAGUGGAGGAAUAGCUGAAGCUGGAAGUGGUCACAUGAACUACAUUCAAGUAACACCUCAGGAAAAAGAAGCUAUAGAAAGGUUAAAGGCAUUAGGAUUCCCUGAAGGACUUGUGAUACAGGCUUAUUUUGCUUGUGAGAAGAAUGAAAAUUUGGCUGCCAAUUUUCUUCUACAGCAGAACUUUGAUGAAGAUUGAAAGGGACUUUUUUAAAUCUCAUACUUCACACCAGUGCAUUACACUAACUUUGUUCACUGGAUUGUCUGGGAUGAUUUGGGCUCAUAUCCAUAAUUCUUGGUAUAAGGUAGUAGGUGGUUGGGGGUGGGGUGGGAGGGGAUAUAGGAAAUAGGGCAGGAAUAAAUACAGUGCAUGUCUGCUUUAAAUUAGCAGAUGCAGAAAAUCCACACAGUGUAAAAUACUAUACAACCAAAAAUCAGCUUUUGCAGGUAUUUAGUUCCUUCUAUAAAACUAUAGGUAACUUUUCCUAGGUUUUCACUCUUUUUAGUGUACUAGAUCCAGAAAUUUAGUGUAAUGCCCUGCUUCUUGUUUCUUUUGACUUAACAUUGGUUAUGGAGAGAGCCUUUUGCUACCUAGAAUCUACAAUCUCUAUUUCAUGGCAACACUGGAUAAUGGCUUUGUGAAAUUCAAAAGAUUUUUGGAGCAACUGUAAACAUAAAUGCCAAAUUAUAGGUGGUUAUUUUUGCUGCUUCAAAUAUGUAUGAAAUUAGUGUAAGAAAGCCCAUUCUUUCAUGUUAAUUGCUGGGGGGGCAGGGAGAAAUCCUUUCUGGUGAAAAUCAUUACUGCUAUUUUAAAAUCCCUUGAUCAUUGAAUGUGAGACCCCUUCUAACAUGAUUUAAGAAGCUGUACACAUACAGGCAAAGUUAUUUUCCUGUUGAUGAUUUUUUUUUCUUUUGGUGAAAAAAUGGUAGAAACCUAAUUACUGUUUACUUCAAUGUUAUAUUGCAGUAAAAGUUUUAAAAUAACCAUUGCAUGUUUGCUUUUGAUGUAUCCCAUUGUGAACUGAGCACUUUUGGGGCCAAUGGAGAAAUGUAGCAUUCACUCUCCCUUCUCUCUCCCCCCCUCAGCAGAAAUGUUUUGAGUUCCAACUGCUACCUUUUUUUUUUUACUGAUUAAAAAGCUGAUCCAAUAUAAAAUUGAAGGAAAUAUUUCAGAACUAGUUUUCUGAUGCUUGUACACUUUUUCCCCUUUCUCAUAUCGGAGUAUACGGCCAACUCAAGCCACUGGCAUUGUAUUGCUUUCUUCUUUAAAAAAAGAAAAGAAAAAAAAGGUGCAUAGAAUUGUCUCCAGCAUCUUUUCUUCCAUUAAAACAAAAAGGGCAAAAUCUAUUGGGAGGGUUGGGAAAUGGAAGCUGGUAAGAUAUAAAACUUUGGAAAAUAGACAAACAAUCAAGGUAACUCAUGGCAUAUUAAAAGGAAAUCUUAAUAGCAAUGUUGGCUUUCUUUUGUUUUGUUUUACCCUUUUUAUUCCCUUUCGUAAAUCUUGGUAUUUGGUUCUGAGAGGGGGCAGGCAUCUACACUCUUGUUUCUCAAAGAUAUUUUGGCCUAACAUAAACUUAACUAUUUAAAGAACUAAUUUUGAAUAUAUUUUGACUCUGUGAUGCUGAGUAGGAAAAUGAAAUUUGCACAGAAUUUUCCCUGAAGUAAUCUCUUGCAAUAUCCUUAGCACAGCUUGAUGAUGAUGCUUUUUUGAGCUUCUCUGUCAUGCACUCGUUACCUUCUGUCUCCUAUGAAAAUAAAUGAAACUAUGAUUUUUUUCCCACAA